AUGGAAUUAAAAACUAAGUUAUUGCUGACUUAAUUGAUGUUAUAAAAUUUAAUUAGUUUGAUUUAAGCAGGAAAUUAAGAAGCAAAAGAAGUAUUGACCAUAAGUAUUAAUUCAGUUGGACUUCUAUUAAAUUUAAUUAUUUUUUGCUUGGCAUAUGCAAAGUAAAAAGAAAACUACAUUAACAUUAUGACACAAAUAAACAUCAUUAUUUAAUUGGAAACAGUCUUUUAAAAUGUUGAAAAGAUUACUAAUUACUUCUCUUUAAUUUACUUACUUAUUUUAGAGAAUGUUUUAUAAAAACAGCAUAAAUGCUAUAAAUUUUUAACACAUACAAUCUGUUUUUAUGUUUUCAUAAGAUUAGCUAGUUAAUUUUAUGUAAAAUUUGCUACAUUUGACUAUAUUGUAUUUGUUCUUUGGCAACCACUAAAUCAUUUAAUAUUUUAUAAAGAUAACAAUUUUAAUAACAUCAGAAAGCCAAGUCCUUCUUCAAUAUCACAAAGACAAGGUAACUUAAACGGCCAUUUUAGCUAUGCAGAAUAAAUUUAAUAGAAUCUAAUAGAUGAUAAAACACCUCACAUAGAAAGAAACAUUAAAGUAGCACUUGAUGAAGAUUUACUCAAUUGUCUUCCUUAUGGAUUAGCUCUAAUAGAUACAAAUUGUUAAGUAAUAAAGCAUAAUGAGAAAUUAAUGAGUUAUUUAAUGAUAAGUGAAACUGAUUAAAUUAUGAAUAAUUUGGAUCAAUUACUAUCUAAGUAAGAGCUACUAUUAUGAUUAUAGCGCUGAAUUGAAUUCAAUUAAAACAAGUCCUCAUACAAAACAUAAACCUCACAUUGUUCCAUUAAGAAAAUUGAAAAUAAAUUCAGCCAGACAUCAUUAGGGUAGUACUGGUAUCAAAUCUAAUAAGGCUAAUUGGUUAUCUGAUAGAUUAAAAAUUGAAAUUUAAAAUAAGGGCUCCUUUUAAUCUAGCAUACAUGAUGCAGUAACAUACACUUAUAUUUAAUUUGUUAUGAAUGAAUUUUUAACUAAAAGUCAUAGAUAAUUAAAUCCUUCAGAUAACUAAUCUAUGGCAUCUGAUUAGACUCGUAUGUUUAAAUUUCAUGUAGUUAAAGACUUAACAAUAAGAAAGAAACAUUUUUAAAUUAAAGUAUAUGAGGUAAAAUUAUAAACAAAAACUAAAGACACUGCUUUUUUAUUCAUUAUUGAAAAUAUUACAGAUAAAGAAGAAUUGAAAGAGUUAACUCAUCGAUUCAAGUUUCAAUAAGCUUUAUUAAAUUCAUUUAGCCAUGAAUUACGUACUCCUUUAAAUACUUCAUUACCUUUAUUAUAAAUAUUAAGUUAAAAAAUUGAUGAAAAUUUAAAUGAAAAUUAUUUAUAGUUAGCAAUAAUCUCUUGUCGUAGAUUACUUUUUUAAAUAAAUGACAUUUUAGAUUAUGCAUAAAUAGAAUGUGAAGAUUUUAAAUUGAACAUGAACAAUUUUUAUGCAAGUGAAAUUUUUGAAGAUUUAAAAGGACUAUUUUAACAAGAAUGUUCCUAGAAAUAAAUUGAAUUAAUAUUAAAUUUUAAUGAUCAAAUAGUAAUUCAUAGCGAUAAAUUAAGAAUAACAUAAAUAUUAGUAAAUUUAAUAAAUAAUUCAAUUAAAUUUACAAAAUAAGGUGGUAGAAUAGUUUUAUCUUUAAAAAAAAGAGAGUCGUAAUGUAUAUUUUCAGUUUGGGAUAAUGGUGAAGGGAUAUCUAGUGAAUAGAUGGAAUAAUUGUAAAAUUAAUUUAUGUAAUAACCAAAAGAUUAAAAUAAAAUGGGAUUAGGUUUAAGGGUUUCUAAAAGUAUUGUAAAAUUUUUAGGUGGAGAUGGAGAAUUAUAAAUAAAAAGUGAGAGAGGAUUUUAUACAGUAGUAAGUUUUUCAAUAGAGGAAUCAAUAAGUACGAUAGUAAAAGAAGAAGAUUCAUCAAUAAGAGAUAUUGAAGAAUUGGGUUCAGAUUCUAAGAAUUCAGCUUAAAGAGUAUAUAUAUCUUCUAAAAAAUUUCUGAAUCAUUGUGAAUGCAAUCAAAUUUUGAUUGUUGAUGAUGUACCAUUCAAUCACAUAACUUUAAUGGCAUUAUUAUAAACUUAUGGUUAUAAAGCAGAUAGUGCAUAUGAUGGAGAUUCAGGAAUUAAAAAAGUAAAGUAAAAAUUGUAAAAUGUUUGUUGUAAAGUAUAUAAAAUAAUUUUUAUGGAUAUAGAAAUGCCUGGAAAGAAUGGAUUUAUUACUAGUAGUGAAGUAUUAAAUUAUAAAUUAAUUAGAGAUCUCUAAGCUGCUUCAAAAUGAAAGAUCAAAAUCUAUAAUUGUGAUGUGUUCAGCCUAUAAUGGUUAAGAAAAUGCAGAACAAGCUCAUUAAAGUGGAAUGAGUGAAAUUAUUUCGAAACCUAUUUCGUUGGAUUCUUUAUAAACACUUUUAGUCAAAUACUUUUGUUGA